UCUUUCCAUGCCAGUGCUAGUAUAUAUUUUACACUCUUCACCUGCUUGUGUAUAUAAAUUCAAACUAAAACUGGGGUGCUCUGGAGUUAUUUCUAAUCAAAUGUGCGACAAUUCUUCUGAUCUCUUUUUGUACUCUCCUUGUAUCCUGCCUCCUGCGGCUUAUUAAUUCAGCAAAUUUGGAAAAUCUCGCAAAGAAGAAAUUAUGAAUCCGCUAACACAAGUUAAAAACAUACAGAAAAUAACUGCGAGGGAAGCAGCUGCAGGGAUAUCAGAGGACGCUUCCUGGCACGCCAAAUACAAGGAGUCUGCUUAUAUCUUUGUCGGUGGUCUCCCAUAUGAUCUCACGGAAGGCGACUUGCUCGCGGUAUUCGCCCAGUAUGGGGAAAUAGUAGAUGUCAACCUUGUGAGAGACAAAGGUACAGGAAAAUCAAAAGGCUUUGCCUUCUUGGCAUAUCAAGAUCAAAGGAGCACCAUCCUUGCCGUAGAUAAUUUAAAUGGGGCAACUGUUGUAGGCCGGACUGUGAGAGUUGAUCAUGUCGCAAACUACAAGAAGAAAAAAGAAGAGGAUGAGGAGGAAGAGAAGCGGAAAAGGGAGGAGCGUGGAGUUUGCUAUGCAUUUCAGAGGGGUGAAUGCAACCGUGGAUCAGCAUGCAGAUUUUCACAUGAUGAACAGAGGAAUGCGAAUACUGGUUGGGGUGGCAAAGACAACGAUUCAAAAUGGAAGCACGAUGAAUAUGAGCAUGCUCACAAUAGGGGCCAGCAGACAAAAUCUAGAGUUAAUUCAAAAGAAGACAUUCAAGUUGGAGAUGAAAGGUCAAGACCUUCACAAAAUCUUGGCCGGCUGUCAAAAGAUCACAGUCAACAUAGGCAUCUGGAUGCCAAACAUACAGACACAAUGGAAAAAGAUGCUAGAUGGUCAAAGCCUGAUGACAGAAAGGUAACGCAGAAUAGGUUAAUGGACGAGAACCAGCAGAAGGAUGACCGAAGCCGCUAUAUGGAUACAGCAGCUAGCAGGAAGAAAGAUUACAUAAGAGAUUUUGGAUCAGGGCCCAGAGAUACACAAGAGAGAGAUGGCAAAAGGUUAAGAGAUACACGUGAGAGAGAUGAUGUCAAAAGGUCUAGAGAUAUAUAUGAGCGAGAUACACAUGAGAGAGAUGAUGGCAAAAGGCCAAGAGACACACAUGAGAAAGAUGAUGGCAAAAGGUCAAGAGAUAGACACGAGAGAUAUGAAGGCAAAAGAUCAAGAGAUACACAUGAGAAAGAUGCUUAUGAGAGAGAGAGUGGCAAAAAGUUGAGAGAUACAUAUGAGAGGGAUGCUGGCCAAAGAUUGAGAGAUAAAAAUGAGACAGAUGAUGGCAAAAGGUCGAGAGUUACAAAUGAGAAACACAAUGGGAAAAGGCCAAGAGAUACAAAUGAGAGAGAUGAAGGUGGAACAUUGAGAGAUGCCAAUGAGAGAGAUGAUGGAAAAUGGCCAAAAGAUACAAAAGAGAGGGAAGAUGGAAAACGACCAAGAGAUACAAAUGAGAGAGAAGAUGGAAAAAAACUGAGAAAUGCAGAUGUGAGAGAUGAUGGAAAAAGUUUGAGAGAUGCAAAUGCCAUAGAUAAUGGAAAAAGACUGAGAGAUACAAAUGCAAGAGAUGAUGGAAAAAAGGUGAGAGAUGAUGGAGAAAUGCUGAGAGAUACAAGUGAGAGAGAUGAUGACAAAAGGUCGAGAGAGAUAAAUGAGAGAGAUGAUGGUAAAUGGUCAAAAGAUCACAAUUCAAAAGACUACUCUAGAAGAGAUUAUGUGAGAGAAGAUGGAAAAAAACUGAGAAAUGCAGAUGUGAGAGAUGAUGGAAAAAGUUUGAGAGAUGCAAAUGCCAUAGAUAAUGGAAAAAGACUCAGAGAUACAAAUGUAAGAGAUGAUGGAAAAAGGGUGAGAGAUGAUGGAGAAAUGCUGAGAGAUACAAGUGAGAGAGAUGAUGACAAAAGGUCGAGAGAGAUAAAUGAGAGAGAUGAUGGCAAAUGGUCAAAAGAUAACAAUUCAAGAGACUACUCUAGAAGAGAUUAUGAUAGAAAUGUCAAAGUGACAGAAAAGAAGUAAAACACCAUCUAAGGUGAAAUUCUUCUCAAUGGCUGUAUCAGUUUGGCUACAGCUUGAUAUUUUUUAAUCAUGUAUCUCUCAUGCCACUUUUUCUGACAAGUGAGAAUUAAUUCUGUAAAAUGUGAUAUUUUUUUGUCUUGAUGUAGUGAUUCACUUCUGUAAAAGAAUGCCGGCUUUGUCUUUGA